CUGCAGGUGAAGCUGCGGCAGUACCACACGUACCGCCGCGAGUGCCUCCACCGCGAGCCCCUCGACCUCCUGCGCUCCACCCUGCUGGCCGGCAAGCCCACCGCCUGCCGCUACCUCAUCUACUACCACUCCUCCGACGGCCAGGGCAACCGGAUUCUCUCACUCGUUUCUUCCUUUGCCUACGCGCUGCUGACCGAUCGGAUCUGCCUGUUGAGCUCUAAGAGUGGGCCCGCUGCUGUGCUGUGUGAACCGUUUGAGCAUGGCGAGUCGUGGGUGCUGUUUGGGCGCGAGGAGAAGCUGGAGGAGCAUCAUGCGCAGGUGCUGCGAGUGAAGGUGGCCAGGGAGUGGCGGGAGGUGAGGCAGGGGAGGGAGAAGAUGGGGAAGAAGGGAGGUGGGCGGAGGAGGCUGGUGGAAGGGUUGGUGCAACGGCAAGAGCAAUGGUUAGGGGAAUGGCAAGAGCAGUUGGGAGGGGAGCGGCAUUUGCUGCAAAACAUAAAUCCAAACACGCCAGCCCCACCAUCACCACCAACAGCGCCGCUACCACCACCACCACCACCGCCAUUAGCAGCAACAGUUUUGGCACCCGCCUCUCCAAUGUUUCCUCCCUUAAUGCCCCCAUCACUUCAAUCACCACCCGUACCUCCCCCUCCCCCUGCACCCCCACCCCCACCGAUUCUUCGCAUGCCAUUCCCACCACUGCCAACCACUGCACUGCCACCACCACCAACAAUGCCACCAACGCCAUUUCCAACGCCACCACCAGCAGAGGCAGCUGCAGUAGCACGCCCCCCACCCCCUGCAGCAGCACCACCCCCUCCCCCAACCCCACCACCACCCUUACCUCCUCCUCCUCCCCCCCCACUAUCCAAAACGCCAGCAGAAGGGGAGGACGAAAACCCCCCUAUUCCUCCGUCGCCCCCAUCCCUCCCACGCUCCCCCAUUUCCUCCGUCAUGAGUCCCUUCUCCAUUUCCCUCUCAUCCCCCCCACGUAACCCCUCGUAUCCUCUCCCCCUCCCCUCCAUACACUCCAGCUUUGCCGUCGUCUGCCUCUCCGCCACUAGCCCUCUCCCGCUCACUUCCUUCCCCAUUCCCCCCAACCCCAACAAUCCCCCUCACCCUUCCCCCAGUCUAAAGCCCUUCCGAUCCCUCGCCCGCCUCCUCCUCUUCCCCCGCAACCGCAUCUGGGCGCAACUCACCCACCGCUUCCACUCCCUCAUCACCCCCGCGCACGCGCGCAUCGGUCUGCAGGGCCGCUUCCCCACGCACGUGAACGAAGUGACAGGCAACAUGAGUGCAGUGCGAGUGAGUGUGGGGCAUGACGUCACACAUGCUGCCAUGGGUGUGAAACUACCGCCCAUCAACACCACCUCUGCUGGUUCUCCUUCUAUUGCGUCUCCCGCUACUGCUCCUGUGCCCACGUCUCCAGAUGCAGCCAGCAGCAGCAGCGGUGGCACAUUAGACGCCCACGUGCACAUAGUCCAGCUGACGAUCGACGAGAAGCAGAACAAUGGCGACAAGGCCGGAGUGGACCGAGCAAUGGUGGACAUCUACACGCUCGCGCUCUUCUCCGACGCCCUCAUCAUCUCCGAGGUCUCCACCUUCGGCUACCUCUGCGCCUCACUCUUCGGCGUGCCCCGCAUCACGUUCGUCAGUGCCAUGUGCAAGCGAGUGCCGCCCGAGCCGUGUCUGCACUUCCCUCCGGGGAACGAGCACUGUCCGGACGGGCAGGCGCGGGUGCUGGAGCAGGUGUUGGCUCAGGACCCGCAUGUGCCGCUCAUGCACUGCGUGGAUGUGAGAAAUGGGCUCACAUUCAAGCCUCUUGAAGGGUGGGAGUAG